CUCGCUCGCUCUGCGUUGGUUGUUGUGAAGUGAAGUGAAACUAUAUUAUCCUCAUAACUGGUUGUGAACCCGUUAUAUAUAUAUCGUUUUUUACUGAAGGGGAAGGAGAGAGAAAGAAGCCGCCAAGAUGCCGCGUAUCAUGAUAAAAGGAGGCGUUUGGCGCAACACUGAGGAUGAGAUCCUCAAGGCAGCGGUGAUGAAAUAUGGGAAAAACCAGUGGUCUCGUAUCGCUUCCCUACUUCACCGCAAGUCUGCCAAACAGUGUAAAGCAAGAUGGUACGAGUGGCUGGAUCCCAGCAUCAAGAAAACAGAGUGGUCCAGAGAAGAGGAGGAGAAGCUGCUUCACUUGGCCAAGCUGAUGCCGACUCAGUGGAGGACCAUCGCUCCUAUAAUCGGACGCACUGCUGCCCAGUGUCUGGAGCACUAUGAAUACCUGCUAGACAAAGCAGCACAAAGAGACAAUGAGGAGGAGACGGGAGAGGAUCCUAGGAAGUUAAAACCAGGAGAGAUCGACCCUAAUCCUGAAACUAAACCUGCCAGGCCGGACCCUGUGGACAUGGACGAAGAUGAGCUGGAGAUGCUGUCAGAGGCCAGGGCUCGACUGGCCAACACCCAGGGCAAGAAAGCCAAGAGGAAGGCCAGAGAGAAACAGCUGGAGGAAGCCAGACGGUUGGCUGCUCUGCAGAAGCGCAGAGAGCUGAGAGCAGCAGGAAUCGAUGUUCAGAAGAAGAGGAAGAAGAAGAGAGGAGUGGACUACAACGCUGAAAUCCCAUUCGAAAAGAAACCCGCAUCAGGUUUCUAUGACACUAGCAUGGAGAAUUACGACGCUCUGGAGCCAAACUUCAAACGACUCCGGCAGCAGCACCUGGAUGGAGAACUACGCAAUGAACGUGAGGAAAGAGACAGGAAGAAAGACAAACAGAAGAUUAAGAAGAAGAAAGAAAGCGAUCUGCCGUCUGCCAUCCUGCAGACCAGCGGAGUGGCCGAGUUCACCAAGAAACGCUCCAAACUGGUUUUACCGUCACCACAGAUCACUGACGCUGAGCUCGAGGAAGUCGUCAAGCUGGGUGUCGCCAGUGAGGUCGCCCGUCAGGCUGCGGAGGAGAGCGAGAGCGGCAACUCUGCCUCCUCCGCCCUCCUGUCAGAGUACAGCGUCACCAACACCAUGGCGACGGGACUACGUACCCCCCGCACCCCUGCUGUCCAGGACCGGAUACUGCAGGAAGCACAGAACCUGAUGGCUCUGACCAACAUCGACACUCCUCUGAAGGGAGGCCUCAACACCCCGCUUCACGAGAGCGACUUCAGCGGAGUGACGCCUAAAGGCCAGCAGAUACAAACACCCAACACUGUGCUCACCACGCCGUUCAGAACUCCUGGACAAGGCCAAGGGGCGGAGGGCCUGACCCCUCAAGUCGGAGGAGCGUUGACCCCACGAGGGGCCAUAACCCCCGGUUUGACCCCCGUCCGCACACCGCUGAGAGACAAACUGAAUAUUAACAGUGAGGAGCAACUGGCCGACCCUGCUUUUUCUAAACACCUGCAAAGAGAAAACCUGCAGCAGCUGAGACAAGGCCUCUCGUCACUUCCUGUUCCCAAAAACGACUUUGAGAUCGUCCUCCCCGAAAACGCAGAGAAAGAGCUCGAAGAAACCGAGGCGGAGACCGGGUUCGUAGAGGAUGCGGCCGACAUACAGGCACGCAAGCAGGCCGUGCGGGAUGCAGAGAGAGAGAAGGAGCUGAAGCUGCGACACACUUCUGUUCAAAGAAGUCUCCCCAGACCUACCGAGGUAAACGAGUCCGUCCUCCGCCCCGGCUCCAUGGACCCGCUGGCCGACCUCCAGCUGGCAGAGGAGCUGAUCAAACAGGAAAUGAUCACCAUGCUGCACCACGACUGCCUGCACCACCCGUCGGCCAACGCCGGCAGCCAGAUGCAGCGCGGCAAAGCUCGAGGUCCCGCCUCCACGUCCAACAACGCCUCACACAUCUCGUACCUGGAAUCACACUCCUACAAACCCGUCAGCACAGAGGAGAUGGACCAGGCUAAGUUGAUACUGGCAGCAGAAAUGGAGGUGGUGAAGGGAGGAAUGGGCCACGGAGAUCUCAGCAUGGAGGCCUACAGCCAGGUGUGGGAGGAAUGCUACGGACAGGUGUUAUAUCUACCAAGUCAGAACAGAUACACCAGAGCUAACCUGGCAUCAAAGAAAGACCGAAUUGAAAGCCUGGAGAAGAAACUGGAUGUGAACCGCGGUCACAUGACAGCCGAGGCUCGCAAAGCAGCUAAACUGGAGAAGAAACUCAAAAUCCUCCUGGGAGGGUUUCAGUCCAGAGCGCUGGGCCUACUGAAGCAGCACGGUGAACUCUGGGAACAGGUGGAGCAGGCGGCCACAGAGCUCCAGACCUUCAAUCAGCUGAAGAAACAAGAAGACACUGCAAUUCCCAGGAGACAAGCGGCUCUGCGGGAAGACGUGGAGAGGCAGAUGGAGCGAGAGAGAGAACUUCAGCAGAGAUACGGAGAGCUGAUCAUGGACAGGGAGGCAUUGAUUAAUAGUGCUCAAAAAUACUGAGCAACACACACAUUCAUGCAGACAUGCUACACACACACACACAUUAUGGAGACAUUAAUAUAAAGCUCAAACAGCUGUUCUAAAAAUCAAAACGAGUUUCCAGUUUUUCCAUCCGAGUCGUCUUAUUGAAACUUUUUUUGUCAUUUUUCUGAUUGUGGCGGAAAUUCCAGAGAUAAACCCCGCCGUCAUGUGCUCAGUGUUGCAGUGAUGUCACGGAGCUGAGUAAUGAGCAUACUCAGUAUUCCCCAUGUGUUUCUGUAUUAGUGACCAUUAAAGUUUAUUUCAAUAACA